AACCCCUCUAUUUUUCCCCUCCCCGCCUUCCUCGGGCUCUGUAGCCCCCCUUCCCCACAUGAUUCCGCGUCCCUCAUCCGCUCUUCUUGGAAGAUAUUUUAUCAAGCCCUCAUCCCCCCCAUAUCCCAACACCCCUCUACCCCUCUCCUUUGCAACUCAUUAGCCGGAGGUUUGCUAGACUACAACUUUGUACCCAACCCGGGAACAACUCUUCUGAGAGAGAAAACAUGGCUCCACAACUUGAUGGUUACUUUAAGCAGUGAGUAAAUCCUUUCUUUCUUGCCUGCCAAUUUCCCCGGUUGUCAAAAUGUGCUCGUCCGUUUGUUCAUUCGAUUAUGGAAUAUUAUUGACAGGUAUUUAGGGUUGAUUUGAUGGCGGACUCGUUCAUCAAUCGUUUGUGUUCACCUGGUGCUUGUUUUCGCGGUUAAGUAUCCUGUUACUGAGAACAUCCAGGCCUUCGCUCUGCUGUUGCUAUCCCAUCGGUAUCGGCUGUUCCGGAUUUGCGUCCCAAGGUUGUCGCCAUGGCCGAUUUUCUCGAGAAAGAGCUCAGGGUGCUUGGUGCUUCUGUUGAGAAACGUUUGCCCGGGAAGCAGCCCGGCCAUCCUGACCUCGACCUUCCUCCUAUUCUUUUGGGUAGAUACGGUAACGAUGCCAAGAAGCGCACCAUCUUAGUCUACGGGCAUUACGAUGUCCAGCCCGCUUUGAAGGAAGACGGAUGGGCUACAGAGCCUUUUGACCUGACUGUGGAUGAGCAAGGAAGGAUGUACGGAAGAGGUAGCACCGAUGAUAAGGGUCCUGUGUGAGCUCCACUCGUGAUUCAUAGGCCUCAAUUGGAAGAUAUGCUAAUGUUUGCUCGCAGCCUUGGUUGGAUCAAUGCUAUCGAGGCCCAUCAGAGGUGAGCAUAUAAUCCCUCUAAUUUUUUAAUACCUCCUAUCGUCUGCUAAUAAGCUUUAGAGCUGGCGUUGAUUUCCCUGUAAACCUUCUCAUGUGCUUUGAAGGGAUGGAAGAAUACGGUUCUGAAGGUCUUGAUGACGUGAUAAAGGAGGAGGCAAGUAAAUUCUUCAAGGACGCAGAGGCUGUAUGCAUUUCCGACAACUAUUGGCUUGGAACCGAGAAGCCAUGUCUGACAUAUGGCCUCCGAGGAUGCUCGUACUACUCUCUUGUUGUUUCGGGGCCUGGUCAAGAUCUGCACUCUGGUGUCUUUGGUGGGACGGUUACCGAGCCCAUGACAGACCUCGUUAGAUUGCUUGCAACUCUCGUUGAUAGCAAGGGAAAGAUCCAGAUUCCUGGCUUGAACGAGCUCGUUGCUCCCCUGACCGACGAGGAGAAGGAGCUCUACAAAGAUAUCAGUUUUGAGAUGUCAGAUCUGUACCAGAGUCUUGGCAGCGAAACGAGUAUCCACUCAAAUAAAGAGGAUACUCUGAUGGCCAGGUGAGUUGAAGAAGCUUGUACUGCUGUUAUUUGUGAGUUGGCAUAUCUAACCGCAGCACACAGAUGGCGUUUCCCAACCCUCUCUAUCCAUGGUAUUGAAGGAGCUUACUCGGCCCCCGGAGCAAAGACCGUCAUUCCUGCCAAGGUUAUCGGAAAGUUCUCCAUCCGAACAGUUCCUAACAUGGAACCUGAUAAGGUGGAUCAACUGGUCUUGAAGUUUGUAGAUGCCGAAUGGAAGAAGCUCGGCUCCAAUAAUACCAUGAAAUGCGAGCUUCAGCAUUCCGGCAAUUGGUGGGUUGCAAGCCCAAAACAUUGGAACUUCUCUGCCGCUAGUAAAGCUGUUGAGAAGGUUUUCGGUGUCAAGCCAGACUUUACCCGUGAGGGUGGCAGUAUCCCCGUAACCUUGACCUUUGAGCAGGCUACUAGGAAGAACGUCUUGUUGCUCCCCAUGGGCAGUAGCACUGACGCCGCCCAUUCCAUAAACGGUGAGUUUCCUGCUUCUUCUGUUCUGAAUGUACCAUGCUAACAUAGCACAGAAAAACUUGACCGGAGGAAUUACAUCGAGGGAACCAAGCUUCUAGGGGCAUAUCUUCAUUACGUCGCGGAGGAGGAACAGGUUUAAUCGAGUUCCUGGAAAACCCCUUUUACGUGGUUUCUUAUUUUUUUAAAAAAGUUAUACCAAUAACCUACAACUUGUUGAGCGCGAAUUAAGUUGGUGUUGACAUCAAAGCACGGUCGCAAUCGACCGCCAAUAACCCUCGAGGGGCCCCAUUAUGCUUGAAAGCCGGAUUCAACCUUAGGUAGCAUCUUUCUCAACCAUUCACUCCGCUAAUGGCGACAAUACCGAGAAACAUAUAAACAAUCAGUCAAGUCCAGCUUAACAAAUUCCAGCCAACGAUACUUAUGGUUAUGAACCGAGUGAUUUCACAUGACAAUAAAGGAUUCAGAGUGCUUCUACUCGCACAUGUGCGAUCGCCGUGUUCCUGGAGAUACCGGUAUUGAGAGAAUAGUCUAUACUCAAGUACGCCCAAAUACCGAUCACUACUAAAAUCACGGCAGUAGGCUAGCUCUUUUCACCAGUGACACCACUCAUCUGCACGCCCAACAUUCGUUACCCAAUACCAUAGUCUACCGAAGUGGGCCACGACACCACAAAAACCCCCGGCGCCGCAGCGAAAAAGCAUAGUGUCCCACAAUCAACACGGUCUUAACCACACGAAAACCCACGAGCGACCUACCCCAUAUGCGGACCCGCCUUGGCGCGUCCUUGGUGCAUCUACCCCGUACAAGCACCACCCAACGAAAUGAACGCCACCGGCAGGGCACGGUACCAUAGCUGACGUUUACCCACCCUCCACCUGCCUUGUUGGCGCUUAAUCAUCAUCCAAGACAUGCGCCUCACAACACUCGGUGGUACUGUACGAGUACGAGAACCCUUCCGCUGCAUACGCAAUCGUAUUGCACCACAAGCGCAGUCCUCUUUCUCCAAUCCGGUAGCCAUUAUUACCCGCUGCUUAUGGUACUCUUUCUGUGUUCAUCCCGUUUCUCACUCGAGAUUAUCGUUUUGUGACACGGUAGGGCACAGUAGGAUUACAGUACGAGGAGGGGGGGGUAAGGUGGAAAAAGUCUUUUUCUUGGUAGCGCGAAGGUGGAUAGGAUCAUAGGGAUGCGAUAAGUCCAGUGCAACGGGUUGGGCAAGAACGACUUACUACUACCGGUAAGAAGGUGAGAGAAGUGGGCGGGUAAUUUGAGACGUGUCUUUGCCGAUACAUACCGAGAUGACGGUAGUGGAAUUGCUGGUAGAUUGAGAAAGGUGAAGUAGGCAUUUCUGGAAAGGAGUUUAGAUGUAUCCUUUAUCAGGCGAUAAGUACGACAUACGGUGCCCCGGUCUACAAGCAUUGAUUUUUUUUCUUUUCUUUCCCCUCCACCUCCUUUCUGGCCCAACCGGGGGGCUCACGUGAUGGAUGCGAUGGCUACAAGGCGAUCAAAGUUAAAGUUGACCGUCGCUUCCAACGUAUCCUUUCGAUCAUCAUGUGGUCGCCUCUCGCUAUACUCGUACUGAACCGCAAUGUAGAGGACCGGAACUGAACGCCUUGCCAUAGCGGGCAGACAGGCUCAGAGGGGAAACCCGAAUCGUUACACAAAAAAGUUCCCGGCGAGGAAGGAGCACUUUUUCUGGAUUCGAGGAUGAAAUGCUCCAAAUACCAAUCCCCUCCUGUGCCCACCCGUGCAAAAAAAAACUCCUUGCCUGCUGCAGUUGAAGGUGGCGAUCGCAGUAUCGCUAAUGCGGACAGAUUUCCAAUUCUCGGAUAAUUGCCCUACUCCUGCCGCUUUGCUCCCCUUUCACCGCCUUCCUUCCUUUUUCACUUUCGAGAGCGAUCGCGGGUGGUUGCAACCGACCGACCAAACAUCGUGUCCGGAAGCAAAAGGAAAGGUGAGAAAAAAGAAAAAAGAAAAAAAAAAUGAUACCGUGCCGCUUCC